AUGACUGAAGCAAUCCAAGCCAUGAAUGCUAUGGCCGCAGCAAUGGCCCAACAAGCUGCGAUCCAGGCUCAACGAGAUGCACAGAGGGAUCAGAGGGAUGAAGCAGUCAGUGCAACAAGAGCAUUGAAUGAAUUUCGUCGACAAGAUCCGCCUAAAUUCAAAGGGGAACAUGACCCCGACAAGGCUGAUCUUUGGCUGCAAGAAAUCGAGAAGAUCUUCGAGAUCUUACACUGCUCUGACAAUGCGAAAGUAGAGUAUGCAACCUAUUUGAUGAUUGGUGAAGCUGAAUACUGGUGGCGAGGUGCGAAGAAAAUGAUGGAGACAAAUCAUGAAGAGCUAACCUGGGAGGCUUUCAAGAAUAAGUUCCUAGAAAAAUACUUCCCGAAAAGUGCUAGGGCUGAGAAGGAGGCCCAAUUUCUGAAGUUGUAUCAAGGGAAUCUCACGAUAGCGGAAUAUGCGGCAAAGUUCGAGUCCCUAGCAAAGCACUUGCGCUAUUUCCUAAAUCAGAUAGAUGAAGAAUACAUGUGCGAGAGGUUUGAAAGUGUGCUUAGGUAUGAGAUUAAGGAGUUAGUGGGGCCCUUGGAGAUACGUCAAUAUCAAGUGCUAAUGGAGAAAUGCAAGAAAGUGGAGCAGAUGAAACAGAGCCGCCUGAAUAGGGGUGCUAUAGGUGGACCCAUCAGACCUCAGGGGCAUAACGACCAACAUAAUAGGGGCAAGCAGCAUCAACAAUACAAGCCAUAUGCCCGACCACUGGGGAAUGCUAGAGAUCAACCUCGACCUCAAAACGGGGAAGGUCAAGGGCCAAAAGUUCCAAGUCAGAACCAGGCGUACCCUGUUAAGUGUUUUCGCUGCAACAGAGAGGGACACAAGAUGUCUGAGUGUCCAAUCAGACCAAGGGUUUGUUACAUUUGUCAGAAACCAGACCAUUUUGCAAAUGAAUGCCCUGAACGGAAGGACGAUAGAGCUGUCAACCGCAACAAUAUCAACGACAAUGUUGUACGCCCUACUGCCAAGGGACGUGUCUACCACAUCAAUGGAGAGGAAACUCCAUCUUCCUCUGAGCUUAUCCAAGGUGAGUGUUUAAUUGCUGGAAAAUCACUUAAUGUAAUUUAUGAUUCGGGGGCAACACACUCAUUCAUUUCAUUGGAUUGGGUGGAUUCGCUCCAACUUACUAUUACUACUUUGCCGUUUGAUUUGGUGGUUACCCUACCUUCUACCGAAUCAGUGAAAUGUAAUACGGCUUGCUUGCAAUGCCCGUUGAUUGUGUUCGAUAUGAGAUUCAACGUUGAUUUGAUUUGUAUUCCCCUCAAGCAUGUGGGAGUGAUCCUUGGAAUGGAUUGGUUGUCAAGCCAUUAUGUUCUAUUGGAUUGUGCUCGUAAGUCUGUGAUAUUCCCAGACCCAGGUGUUUCUCGAUUCCUCGAUACCAAUAAAUUGAACUUCUCUUUGAAAGGGGGAGUUCAGAAGUGUGUUUCCCUCAACUUAGUCAGUACGAAGUUAGAGGUGGAGGUAGAAGAGAUUCUUGUGGUCGAAGAUUUUCCAGAGGUAUUUCCGCCGGAUGUAUCAGGAUUGUCCCCAGUUCGUGAUGUUGAAUUCUCAAUUGAUGUGACUCCGGGUAUAGGACCUAUAUCUAUUGCACCAUAUAGAAUGUCUCCAUCAGAAUUGUCAGAGUUGAAAAAUCAGUUGGAGGACCUUUUAUCUGAACAGUUCAUACGACCGAGUGUCUCACCUUGGGGAGCACCAGUACUCCUAGUGAAGAAGAAGGAUGGAAAGUCUAGACUCUGUGUCGAUUACCGUCAUCUUAACAAAGUCACCAUCAAAAACAGGUAUCCCUUGCCACGCAUUGAUGAUUUGAUGGACCAACUCAAAGGAGCAAUGAUAUUUUCAAAGAUUGAUUUGAAGUCGGGGUAUCAUCAGAUUCGGGUGAAGGAAGAAGACAUUCCUAAAACUGCAUUCAGAACUCGCUAUGGACACUUUGAGUAUUUGGUGAUGCCUUUUGGUGUCAUCAAUGCACCAGCUAUUUUCAUGGACUACAUGAAUUGUAUAUUUCACCCCUUCUUAGACAAAUUUGUAGUGGUCUUCAUUGAUGACAUAUUGAUUUAUUCUAAGAGCCUGGAGGAACAUGAAGUGAAAUUCUUGGGACAUGUCAUUUCAAAGGAAGGUAUCGUUGUCGACCCAACUAAAGUAGAGGUUGUGGUGGCAUGGAAACAACCACAAACCGUCACAGAGAUUAGAAGUUUCUUGGGCUUGGCUGGAUAUUAUAGAAGAUUCAUUGAGGAUUUUGCCAAGAUUGAAGCGUUGUUGACACAACUCACAAGAAAGAAUCAUAUUUAUGCAUGGACGGAGGAAUGUGAGAGGAGUUUUCAGAUGAUGAAAGAGAAACUAACUACAUUGAGUAUUUGGUGA